AUGUUUCUGCCAGUUAAACCAAGCACCUCACCGGUUGUAGAAGAUGGCGAAAAAAUACAGCACAACUCAACGCAAACACCAAGUGAUCUGAGUCCACCUGCAACUACAGACGAUUUUCUGCCGCAAGCCCAUCAUCAAAAUCCGGGACAUUGCAUAGCAUCAUUUAGUUUAAUAAAUCGCAUGCGAAAUCAUUCACAGUUGUGUGAUGUUAAACUAGAAGUUGGCGGAGAAAUUAUAAAUGCCCAUAAGGUUAUUUUAGCAGCCUCAUCGCCAUACUUUUAUGCAAUGUUUAAUGAUGAUAUGUUAGAGCGAAACAAGGAUAUUGUAGAAUUACAUGAUAUUGAAGCGCAAUCAUUGAAGCAAUUAAUUGAUUUUGCAUACACUGGUGAAAUUGACAUAACAGAGGAAAAUGUACAAGUGCUUCUUCCCGCAUCCAGUCUAUUACAAAUUCAAUCUGUACGUGAAGCAUGCUGCAAAUUUCUAUUGAGACAAUUACAUCCGAGCAAUUGUUUGGGCAUACGGAGUUUUGCAGGCAUUCAUUCAUGCAAGGAAUUACACACAAGAUCACACCGAUUUGCAUUGCAAAACUUCCAACAAGUCAUUUCAACAGAAGAGUUUUUACUCUUGGGAUUUAAUGAGGUACAAGAUUUGAUAUCAAAUUCACAGCUAAAUAUUUCGAGUGAGGAGCGAGUUUUUUCAGCAGUAUUAAAUUGGAUAAAGCAUGACCUGGCAGAGCGUAAAAAGAAUAUUGCAGAGCUCAUUUCUAAUGUACGCUUGCCACUUUUGAACCGUGAAUUUUUAAUGGAAAAUGUUGAAACAGAGCCACUCGUCAGAGAAGAUCCACAAUGUAAAGAGCUUCUCCUUGAAGCAAUGAAAUAUCACUUGUUGCCAGAACAGAGAAGUAUACUCGUCUCACAGCGUACUCUCGAGAGAAAACCGGAAGGGAUGAAGCCAUACAUCUUUGCUGUGGGCGGUGGCAGUCUUUUUGCUAUUCAUAAUGAAUGUGAAGUCUAUAAUCCCAAGACAAAUCAAUGGGCACAAAUUUCACCGAUGAUAUCUAGACGCUCUAGGGCUGGCGUUGCUGCUUUGACAAAAAUGUUGUAUGUCUGUGGUGGAUAUGAUGGUGAAAAUGAUCUCUCGACUGCUGAAUGCUAUAAUCCACUCAUUAAUGAAUGGAAACAAAUAACACCAAUGGGAACAAAAAGGAGCUGCCUUGGCGUUUGUGCUUUUGAUAAUUUACUUUACGCUUGCGGAGGAUACGAUGGAGCCAGUUGCCUUUCAUCAGUUGAACGUUAUGAUCCGCUAACUGGAGUUUGGAGCUCAUGCCCAGCUAUGAGUACAAGACGCCGAUAUUGUCGAGUUGCUGUUUUAGGAAAUUGCAUUUAUGCACUUGGUGGCUUUGAUUCAUCAAAUUAUCAAUCGUCUGUUGAACGAUUUGAUCCUAGAAUUGGAAAUUGGAUGGUUAUGCCUCCGAUGACGUCAAGACGAUCAUCAUGUGGUGUUGCUGCCCAAGAAUAUCUUUAUUGCAUUGGUGGAUCAGAUGGAACUAUGUGUAUGAGUUCAGGUGAAAGAUUUAAUUUGAGAACAAACUCAUGGGAGCCAAUCAGUUCUAUGAAUUCAAGACGCUCUACCCAUGAAGUCGUUGAAGCUGGCAUGUUCCUGUAUGCACUUGGUGGAAACGAUGGAAGUAGUUCAUUGAAUUCAGUUGAACGAUAUGACAUAGCACUCAACAAAUGGACAAUUGUAACAAGCAUGUUUACGAGACGUAGCAGUAUCGGUGCAGCUGUCUUAGAAUGCUUCAAUUUGGAACGUGGCUUAUUGCAAACAUCCAUUUGACCAACACUUUUAUCGUCAUUAUCACUCGACAAAGAAUGUGCUUCGUCUGGAUGCAACAAUGCUUAGUAAUUUCAUCCAUUCUAGUGAUAAUGAAGUCGCUACAUUUGCAGAGUAGUAUUUCUUUUUUUAAAAAAUUCAUAAAUGUCGAGGGAAUAUUCUCAACAAACAAAAACUAAGAAAGUAAGGAAAUUGAAAAUGAAAAUUCCAUUUUCACGCUGAACAAAAAGGGAUAAAAAAAAAUGCAGAAAUGGAAUUCUUUACGUGAAAAUAUUUAUUUUUUUUUUGUUCCAAAUGAAAAAGUUUUAAAUUAAAUGUUAUUAGAGAGGGGAAAUAUAAGAAGAAAUUUGUGUGUGCUUGUGUGUCUGUUCUUACCAUCAGUAGAAGUUGAUUAGAUUUUUACAUUAUUGGCUGCAUUUUAAGCUUCUCGCUAGGCAAAAGAUACAAAUUUGUAGAAGGAAAAGUUUUUCUUUUCUAUUAAUUUUGCUACAUCCCUCUUCACACUUUACACUUGCUAUUGAUCAGUAAUGUCCAAACUUUUUUUACGAGGGUCUCAUUAAGGAUAUAAGUGAAGAGUUUAAUAAAGAGAGCAGCUCCUAAUUGGAUGUUUAAAUGAUCAUUGACAUGUUGAACGCAUAAACCUAUAAAAUCUCAAUAUUUUCAUCCAAGAAUUCAUUAACAAUACCGAAACCCAAAUCGUAGCAAAAAGUUUCGACAAAUCUGCAAUUGGCUCAAUCUCUUAGCUCUAACACUGAGCUAGAAGAUUAUAGUAAUUUUCAACAUCUUUAUUGUUUUAAUUUUAAGCUUUUCCUUCCCCAAAAAAAAGCACACAUUGUAAGACAUAAGAUGUUUUAAAAGUCGAAAGAAAAUUUCCUUUCAAUUUUUCAUUUAAAAAACUUUCUCGCAAUAAAUUUCCAUUACAUUGCAUGUGUACAUAAAAACUACAGCAUAAAAUGAUUAAAACAAAUGAGCUUUUAAUAUAAAAGUAGAAAGUGAGUGAGAAAGAUAUUUUUUUUUAACUUUUGUGCUUUGUCAGGAACGAAUGAUUUUCUUUUCUGCUUUUUAUGCGAUAAAAUAAAACUUAUAAAAGCUAAAAUAGCUCAUGAUACAAGGAUAAAGUUUCUCCUUUUAUAGAUUUCCAGUGGGGAAAAAUGUUUUAAUUGAAAAUUAUUUUGAUAAGGGAAUUAUUUUUGUCUUUUGUGGAUGUUUUAAGCGAUACACUAUCUUUGCUUGAGGAUAUAGUUUUUUAUUUUAUUUGCUGCAGUCUCAAAGAUAAUUUUUAUAAGUUAUGCUGUGGCAUUAAAAUAUAUCACGUAUACAUUUAUAGCACCACAAAUAUUUUUCAUUCCUGGUUCUUUAGGUGAAUAUCAUGAUGGUUGAACAAAAUGCCUGUUUGUGGUAUAAACCAAAUAUUAAUGAGGAUUCGAUCUCUCCUUGCUUUGUGGUAAAGUUCAGUAAGUUACAUUUUGAUGCUUAAAUUGUAGUUCUAUUUAUCACUUUAUUAAAUCAGUUAAAUACUGUUAAUCAGAAGCUUAGCAAAGAGAACUCUUCAUAUUUUGAGACCAUUAUUUGAAAAUUUGUAGCUAUAUUUCUGUUGUUUGCAUUUUUUGUAGUUCUAUUAUGUUAGAUUUAUUAAGUCAUAUAAGUUUUUCACAAAGCCCCAAAAUUUAAAUUAAAUUAUUUUAAGUGAAUCUUGAUUGAAGCUUUAUUAACUAAGGUUUUAAAAACUAAUUAAGGCUAUUAGAGAUAUAAUUUAAAAUUAUUUAUUAAAAACUUAUUGAAUAUUUCGGUUAUUAUGGCACCUUAAAAAUGCUAGUUUGAUUAUUCUACGUUAUUUUGGUUAAAUUUAUUUUGUUGAGUCAUAAAAUCUAAAAUUUUUGUUAUAAAAAUUAAUUCUUUUGAUCUUAAAACUGUUUAAUGAACUCUAAUUCACAAAAGUUAAACUGUUUAUCCAAAAAUCUCAAUUUUUUAAUUUUAUGAUAUAUUUCAAGAUUUGACUAUUGCCACAAACCUAACCAAAACAUAAAUUCAAAAAUUAUCAAUUUAAUCAAUAAAUUAUAAGGAACAUGCUUGCGCUCGCUUUUACAAUUCGUUUUGCUCCAAUUUUUCAUUUAUGUCUAAGGUUAUUUAAAGUUAAAAGCAGAACAAAUACAAAAAAAAAAUACAAAAGUUAAAGUAAAAAGUAACAGAAAGAAUGCUGUAAAUUAAUUUUAAGACUGUGAUAGAGAUUUCUUCUAUUCGAGAGUGACCCGGUGUGCAGGUGAAAAGAAAAUUUACGAGACAAAGAAUUAUGUACCUUGCAGUUUCUUACUGAAAUUCAUUUAGUUUACACACACAUCAUCUGAUUUGGCAACAUUUACUUCUUCAAAUGGGUUUUUGGUCAGGGAUGUAAAUCUGAAGUUUGAUAUCAAUUUAUUACAGACGUAGCUUGGUCACAGACACAAUCUUAGGCUCAGAUAUUUAAUCAUGCCUGAGGCAUAAGAAAUUCUUUUUCAUAAACUCGUGAAAAUUGAUGGAUUGUGAUGACUCUGUAGCAGUUACAUCCAAGCUAGCUAUAAAUCUGUCAAAGCAAUUGUUAUAGGUUUAAGAAAGAAUCCAUCUGUGUCUGAAAAAUUUAACAAAUUACAAUCAUAUCACAGAUAUCAACCCUGAUUUUCAAUUUUUAAAAAUACCUUACAAUUGUCAUUAUGUUUUCCUACAUUUAACUCUAUUGAGUUCAUCAAUAAAUCACUCGACAAAACUGAUUAAGUUUUCGCCACAUUAAUUUUUAAUGAUGGAAAAUUUAUCACUGAUAAAAAAUGGAUGUUUGUAAGAAUCGGUAACAUGAAACUUUUGGCAACUAUUAACUUACAUUUUUUUUUAAAAAAAAGAAAUAAGGAACGAAUGGCAUAGCAAUGAGAUAAAACAAGUAUUCAGGUUAAUUAAAGGAUUCAAUCAAGCAAAUAAAAAAUAGAAAAAAAAACAAAUUUUACAAUUUUUGCAUUUAAAAAUUAAAUUAUAAUAAUCACCGUUAGAUAUGACAUAAAAAAUUUCCACUGCCAGAAGCGUUUGAAAAUCAUAAAACAUAAAGUAUUAAAAAAAAUUAUCAGCAUAGAUAUUCCAAAAAUAAGAAAACAUUAAUUAAUAAAUUCCAUAAACUUUACUCGCUUUUCAUAAAACAUAAAAUGAAAACAAUUUUAUCAUUUUAAAAUCAUUUGCAUAGAGUUUUUAAUACAAAAAUAAAAAAUAGAAAACGAUUGAAAUACAAAAUUGAUGUUAAAAAAUUUAAUUGAUGGUAUAUUGGAGAUAUAUCAUAAUAGAAAAUAUGAAGUGAAUAAAAAAAAUAAAAAAAAUCUGCAUAAAUGUGAUAAAUUUUUAAUUACUUUUUCUUCUCUUUUAUAAAUUACAGUUAUUACUGCUGUUGGAACUUUAUAUUUCAUUAUUAAGCAAGGCAAGUACACUGAAUGAAAUUUUUGAAAAAAUACAAACAUGUAAAUCAGCUAAGGGGCCGUUCACUUAUUACGUUACGCAAAAAA